GGACAGACUUAAAACAGGUCAAGUUUGUGGUAGUUAUCGCUAAAUUACAGAACACAACACAAAGUCUGUUCAUCUGCAGAUUUUUUUGCAUAAAUGUUAAACAUUUUUUAAAGAUUAGCUGCAUAGAGAGCACACAAAGUGAAACAUUGAGCUUUUCCUGCUGACGAUCAACUUUCAUUCUUUAAUUUCUGCCAUAAAACUGUAGCAUGUAUGACUUGAGAUAAGUUUUAUUGCGAUUCUGCUCUUCUUUCUGUGAACGGUUCAAAGGUAAUUCCACAUAAAAACUGAUGUUCAGCUUUUUGUGAGUUUUUUCUUCAACCUGUAGAUAUUUUUUUUUGCUGUACCUGUAGUUUUUGCGAAAAGAAAAAGAAAAGAAAAUGUGUGCAACAGUUUACUUUCCACAACUGAGAAAGACUUACUUUCAUCUAAAAAUUACAGGGAACAUUUCAGCUCACCUUAUUAGUUAGGCACAGCGAUGGAAGGGUGAUAGUUUGGGUUAGACAUUGUAUAUUUGCUCACUGGAUCUAUAUAAAAUAUAUAUAUUUUUUUCUUUUAAACGUGUAAAUGUUGCUUUAAUAUUUUGAAUUUCUGUGUCAUGAUCUGGCUUACUAUUAGUGAAUUAUUACAUACUACUACUAAUAAUAAUAAUGCAACUUUCUUAAUUUUUAGCACACUUAUAAGAAUUUAUCUAAUCUUUAAUGUUCUAAAAUAUGGGAAAUAGGGGAAAAUCUAUUUUUUUCACAUGUCUCCAACCUAAUAAACACAUAUUUUUAAGCUCAUCUGAAUUUUAAACAAUAGGAGGUACUUCAUUAGAUAUUUUCAAUAAAAAAGACAAGAGAGAUUAAGAAAAGCAACAAAUGUAAUGUUGAGUGCAGGAGACAGAUAACAGUUUGAAAGCUGCAGCGAGGUGUCAGAUAAGAAAGGGAGUCAACAGUCAGUUUAUUAGAAACACUUGUCACACGUGGAAACAAAAGCAGGGCGAACAAAAUGUAAACUUCCAAAUUUGGAAUUUGAACAAGAAAUAAAUGGUAAUCUAAUUCAAAAGUACAAACCACAGGCACACAAAAUGAUUUGCACUUGUUCUCUUGCCGUCAGUAUUCUUGUUAACUUUUACAGUCAACGUUUAAGAAAUUAGCUAUAGGUUUACUGUGGCUUAUAAUGAAAUUUAGCCAAUUACAAUGAAAAAAUCAAACACACAAUAUUAUUGAUUUUAUUAUAGGAUUUCAUGGGCUGGUGAAAAUUCGAGUACUAGCCACAUUUGACUCACAGGGCUGACUUUGGACAUGUUAUCCCUAAAUUUACGUUAAAAAAAAAAAAUAAAUAAAAAAAAAAAAACAACGCCUCAUUGGAUUGUAGAUUGGUCAAGACACAAAUUGAGUAAAUUUUAAAAUUUUGCCUAAUUUUAUUCGAAUUACUAAUUAUUCUUCAUAUGCUUUUGAACAAAAUUUUUAAUCUAGAAUUUAAUUUACAAUUUUAGAGGCUAAUAUUCAGUAUCCAAGAAUACUUUAGCUAAUGUGGACAUAUGAACGCUACCUAAAUGCUGUAAUCUUUUACUUUGAUGCUGUUUUGAUUGUUGUUCUUUCUGAAAUGGGACAUGUGAAGAUACAGAUGGAUGUAAAUGUGUAUGUAUACACAAAAAAAUUCUAUAUUCGUUUAUUUUUAGAUAUUAUUUUUUUCCUAUUUAUUUUCCUGAAUAUGUUUUGAUUUAAUGUGGAAAAGUUAGAAUUUUUGUAAAAAAAAAAAAAAAAAAAAAUUAUUAUUUUUAAUGUUAAACAGUAUAGGGAAGUCAUAUCUUAUAAAAGUAUGUUUAAAUAAUUAAAAAUAGAAAAAAAAAAUUAAAAAGGGGCGGGGUAUUUCGCGUCGUCACUCCCCGCGUGGGAGGGCGUGGCCUCAGCAACUACGUGACGUUAUCAGGAAGAAACAGCUCUGCCGAUUACAGUAAAAGGCAACGCGGCUCCAAUAAACAGUUGUCGGUAAGUAGGAAAAUUCUACAUUUAAUUUCCAACAUAAAUGUUUUAUACCCACCGCUGUCGAGUAUUCUUGUGUUUCCGGUCGGCUCGUGCUCGCUCGCUUUUUACCGCGCUGCGUUUGAAUAAACUUUAUUUGUAGGUGAAGUUCUGACAAGGACAACGAGUAAAGAUUUACAGGGAAACAUGCCUGACGACAUGUCAAGGCCGUUGGUCCCAGGGUGGAGUGAAUCAGGAGGCUCCAGACAGCUCGAGGCCUCCCUGUCGGAUCCCAACACCCCCAUGGUCGGCAUUCUGGGAACAGGUGACUUCUCCCGCUCGCUGGCCAGGCGGCUGGUGGCUUCUGGUUACCAAGUGGUGGUGGGGAGUCGGAGCCCCGCUCGGUCUGUGGCUCUGUUCCCAGAGGAGGUCGAGGUGGCGUCCCAGAUGGAGGCAGCGACCCAGGCGGAUGUCGUUUUCGUCGCAGUUUUUCCCGAGCACCACUCGACGCUGGUGACACUGAAGUCUGCUCUGGUCGGAAAGACGCUUGUGGACGUCAGCAACAGUUUAGGCAUCAACCGAGACGGCCCGUCCAAUGCCGAACAACUUUCCAACCUUUUCCCAGACAGCUUUGUGGUCAAAGGCUUCAACACUUUAUCCGCCUGGGCGCUCCAGAAUGGACCGCGGGAUGGAAUCAGGCAGGUUCUCCUGUGUGGCAAUAGUAGUAAGGCCAAGGACUUGGUGAAGCACAUCUGCCACAGAAUGGGCUUCAUCCCCGUUGACAUGGGCUUCCUAUCAUCUUCCUUGGAGAUAGAAAACCUCCCACACCAUCUGUUCCCUUCAUGGCGCCUCCCUGUCCUCUGCAUGCUGUGCCUCUUCGUCUUCUUCUACCUGUACAACUUCAUCCAAGAAGUUAUCCACCCCUUAGUCGAGAAAGGAAAAGGUGCCUUCUACAAAAUGCCCAUCGAAGUCGUCAACGCCUCUCUGCCGUCGGUGGCGUUGGUGAUGCUGGCCCUGGUUUACCUGCCGGGCUUGUUUGCCGCCUUCUUUCAGCUCCGAUGGGACACCAAGUACAAACGCUUCCCCAACUGGCUGGACCGAUGGCUCACUGCGAGGAAGCAGUUCGGCCUGUGCAGUUUCCUCUGCGCCGUCAUGCACGCCGUUUACAGUCUGAGUCUGCCUCUGAGGAAGUCUGCCCGCUAUAAACUCUCCAACAUGGCAUACCAGCAGGUCAAAGCCGGCGUGGAGGACUCGUGGAAUGACGAGGAGGUGUGGAGGAUGGAGCUGUACCUCUCUGCCGGCAUCAUGGCGCUCGGGCUGCUCUCGCUGUUGGCCGUCACCUCGCUGCCCUCGGUGGCCAGCACCCUCAACUGGAGGGAGUUCACCUUCAUCCAGUCCUCGUUGGGUUACUGCGCCCUGACCGCCGCCACCACCCACACGCUCAUCUUCGGGUGGAACCGCGCCUUCACGCCCGCCCGCUACCCCUUCUACCUCCCCCCGAGCUUCGUCCUGGUCCUCAUCCUCCCCUGCGUCGUCCUGUGUGGUCGCCUGGCUCUCUUCCUGCCCUGCAUGGCCGGCCGACUCUGGAAGAUCCGCCGCGGCUGGGAGAGAAGCCGGCAAAUCCGGUUCGCCCUGCCGGGGGAGGACUGCCGCAACGGAGGAGGGGAGGACGUCAGCAAUGUUUGAGAAGAGACGGAUAAUAAACCAUGAGUGAAGUCACUUUCCUUACAGAGACUUGAUUUCUAUUGACGGGAACCUCACGUCUGAAUCCGAACUCACUAAAGCUGCCAAAAAUGGACACUUUAAUCAAUCUAUGUGUGUUUAAACAUCACAAACUAAUAAUAAACUGGCUAAAACUAUCAAACCAAAAAAAAAGUAAAAAAAAUCAGUUGCAGUACCAUUGACGGCCACUAGGUGCUGACUCCUCCUGUCUUGAAAUUACCGAAUUCUUCAGGUUUUUCCUGACUGACUUCAUUGCUCUUAAAGGGUAACAAACCCUAUAUUUGUCAUACUCAAAAUAAACUCUAAAACAUUUAACCUUGUGGCAAAUGCAGCUAGUUUUAAAAACUAGCUUGGCACAAACUUUUUAGUUUUUACUUAAACUAAACAAACCCUAAAUUAUCUUUUUCUUUGGCUGUUGACCUCUAUAAAUACGGCUUUUAAAGUGCUGUCCAUUCGUCUUUGACAAAUUUUGGACAAUUUAAAAUAAACUUGAAUAAUUCUAAAUCCGUCUGUGUGCUGCCCCCUACAGGUUGAAUCGAGGUAUUACAGCUUGUCAGCAGAACUGAUCAAAGACAAUUUGUGUUUAUUUAUACUUCUAAAUAUUGUUUAAAAUAAAAAUAUGUUGUUUUUCUUUGAGCUUUGACUUUUUUGCCUUAAAUUCUGAGUAUUUAUUUGAUUUUUGAAUCUGUCAAUCAGUAAAGUAGCACUUUUUUUCUUUUUUUUUUAAUGAUCAAUCUGCUGAUUUCUUAGACUUUUGACCCUUUCGGGUUUCCUUAGUUGCUAAUCUGACGGGUAAAAUGUAAUUUUGUGUCACUGUUGUCCGAAUCGUUGAUAGAUUGUUGUAAAAAAUGUGUUGUGCAAAUUUUUGUUACUAAUACAUCUGUAAAAACUUAAAAAUGGAAAACAAUAAAGCACAUAUUUUUGAA